AUGUCAAUCGAGCAUUUGCAACGUCAUGUCUAUUGGUCCCCAACCAAGCAGACGUCACAUCCCAAUAAUCGCGAAGACCGUCUGAAUGCAAUCAUUGCCAACAUCGAUCGACAACAGUCUAUCGUGCGUGCCGCUAUCAUCGAAGAUGCGAGAAGCUAUCAAAAAACAUAUCUCAGAUCAUCCUCGGACGCGGACCCGGAAUCGUCCGAAAAUGCAAUGGACAUCGAUUCGAGUCAAUUUGACGAUGAGGCUGACAGGAAGGCUGAAGAGCUACUUUACCAAAAUCUUAAUGCGCCAUACAUCGAAGGCAGCGGUGACCCGAGUAUGCUUCCAUUUGCGCCCGACGGUACUUUCUUUGCACCGCCUCCAGGCGUCAUACAAGCAAAGUCUCCGCAGGAGUUCCAAAUAGCCAAAGAGACCCUAGAGUACGUUUAUCUGUAUGAGAAGACGUCCUGCAAGGCACAAUUCGGCCGGGAUUAUUACGUCCAAGCGCUGCGGCGCACGCAGCCAUAUGGUACGAGAUCGACGAGCACUGGACCAAGCGGCAUCGAGAGGAGAACUUCACUGCCGUCAGACCGCCGGCCGAGCAUCGGAUCUGCGAGCCUCACAUCUCCACAGGCACGUCGUUCGAGCACAACGCUCUUUGAUGGGACAGCAACCAAAUCUCCGUCAGGGGACCCGCGGCGAGUGCGAGCAUCGCCAGCCGAUCCGCGCAUACGCCCGAAAUGA